CCCAAUAGAGACUAUAAGUAGGGUAGCUCCGGCGGCUUCAACUCUGACCCUACUCAGGUCUGUUCCUUUUUCCCCAUCAUGUCCGGACGCGGCAAGCAAGGCGGCAAGGCCCGCGCCAAGGCCAAGACGCGCUCGUCGCGGGCCGGCCUGCAGUUCCCGGUGGGCCGCGUGCACCGCCUGCUCCGCAAGGGCAACUACGCCGAGCGGGUCGGCGCCGGCGCGCCCGUCUACCUGGCUGCCGUGCUGGAGUACCUGACGGCCGAGAUCCUGGAGCUGGCGGGCAACGCGGCGCGCGACAACAAGAAGACGCGCAUCAUCCCGCGCCACCUGCAGCUGGCCAUCCGCAACGACGAGGAGCUCAACAAGCUGCUGGGCCGCGUCACCAUCGCGCAGGGCGGCGUCCUGCCCAACAUCCAGGCCGUGCUGCUGCCCAAGAAGACCGAGAGCCACCACAAGGCCAAGGGCAAGUAAGGUCCCGAUAGCAACAACUUCAAAACCAAAAGGCUCUUUUCAGAGCCACCCACUAUUUCUGGAGAAGAGCUGGGACCGCAGUUUUCUCAAUUUCGACGCUAAGGGGUUAAAGCUUCAUAUUUUACUACACUUUUAGCUCUCCCACGCUCUACCUGGACCUAAUAGGUGAUCACCUAUUUUAUAUUACUCGUUAGCGAGCUUCCCCGUUCAACUCCGUUCAGGAACUAGCUAGCUUGUAGCUGGUGCGCAGAGAAUCAGGGGUUGGGCACCAAGUACUAUGCAAACCGGGACCAAUGGGAGUGUAGCGCGGGCUUUUUCGAAAUACUGACUUGUGUACAGAAAUAAACAUACUCAACCGCGAAAAAAACAGGCCUGCAAUUUAACUUAGAACAAGGACAUAAAGUUUACCUUCUUAGUUUUUUGCGGAUGGCCGGGAAAAUUUGCAACAAUUGUGUACAGCUGUUUCCAGAAAAAUUUGGGUGGCUCUGAAAAG